AUGACCUUAAUCUCCAUUAAACCCAUUUUUCCCGCUCUACUUUUACCAACACACAAAUUAAAUUUCAAAAACAACUUAAUUUCUGCAAAAUGGGGCAAAAAACGAUCUGGGUCUCAAGCAUCUCGCAAACUCAUCCUCAAUUCAAUUGCACACAUUGCUUCCACUGUUAAGAUUCUACCCGAACCCUGGGAUUCACUAAUCAGAGAAUUAUGUGUUUUUGGUGGUGGAAGUGGGGGGAAAUUUGGGUUCAGAAAAAGCUUUGGAGGUGGUGAUGGUAAUGGAAGAAAUCGCAAGAAAGGAAAAUUAGGGUUUUUGGUGGUGUUGUUGAUUUCUUCAAGUUUGGCUCUAUGGGUAGUUUUGGAGAAAGAAAUUGGUAAAGAAAAUGAAUUGUUUGUAUGGGUUUUGUUGAUUUUGAUUUCUGCAUUUGUUGUUUAUUGUUUGGUGAAGAGAUGGAGAAGAGAAAUUAAAGAUUGGGUUUUGGGAUUUUCUUGUGGGGCUGCUAUGAUGAUGGGUUUGGGUUUAAGAAAUAAUCAAUGUUUUGUGAGAUGGAUUGAUGGAUUUAAGUCUAAUUCUGCUAAAUUGUUGGGUAAUACAAAGAAGAGAAGAACUAGGAGAUGGAUAUGA